UUAUAAGAACUGUGGUUAUUCUUUCAUCCUAGUAACCAGAAAAUUUCAUAUGAAUGGACGUCAAUGUAGUUUUAUGCUUUCUUGGUGGUUGGGUUUCGUUCUUUGUUGUAUUUUGCCUUGGGUGACAACAACAGAACCCAAUUGUCCUUUUGCGAGUGGAUUCGAAGAGCCAGAGAUAUGCCUUGAAUUCCUUAUGAACAAGUUUUCCAACUUGAAGCAAGUAAUAGACUCAAUUGGUGAAAAUUUAUUGGAAAGAAUAAAUGUGUUGGGUUCCAUCUCCCAGGAGACCAACAACAGAGUUUUAAAUAGGCCAUUUCUUUCUUCUGCCAAUAAGAGAGCUGCAAAAUAUAUUGAAAAGUUAUUAUAUGAGGCGGGUUGUUCCAACGUAGCCAUCGACUGGGUCGGAAAUGUGAUUGGACUAUACAAGGGAACCCCCGAGAGAAAUAAAACUUUGAUUAUUGGCUCUCAUUAUGACACAGUAAAAGAUGCUGGUAAGUAUGAUGGUGCAUAUGGUGUUUUGGUAGCCAUUUCUGUUGUGGAGGCACUUUUCAAGUUAAAAGUGGUAUUGCCAUUCGAUAUUCAGAUUGUCGCCUUUGAGAACGAAGAAGGAAACAACAAUUUUGGUGUGGUCCAUACUGGUGCCCUGUUCUAUAUGGCUGGCUCUAUGGCCAAGAGAAAUGGAACAAGAAGAAAAUGUUAUCAUAUGUUGAAGAAGCAACUCCGUCGUCCCAAUAUUAUCAAUCCCAAAGAGACACUUGCAGAUUAUAUUCUUGCUCAAUCAAUGGAUAACAAUGUCUUUUCACUAUCAGAAGAUAAUUGCAAUACGAUCAUCAAAUAUUUUUGUGAGGAUUAUCCCUUUGCAGUUGACCAUCGAGUAUUAGGCUAUUGGGAAUGGCACAUAGAACAAGGACCCAUUUUGGAACAUUUCAAUAAGAGAAUAGGAAUAGUUUCUGCUAUAUGUGGACAGCAACGAUGGACGUUUCAUGUAAAAGGCCAGGGAGGACAUGCAGGCACUGUUCCUAUGUAUUUAAGGAAGGAUGCAGUUGCUGCUUGUGUGGAAAUGAUUCAACAAGUAGAAAACAUUACCAAAAAUGCACUAAGUGGAAAGAAUGAUUCGCAAUAUUUGGUAUCCACAGUUGGCAAUAUUUCUGUUUCUCCAGGAUCUUCUAAUAGUAUUCCGCACUUGUGUUCAUUUAGUUUGGAUAUUCGAUCGGUAUCAGAUCAACAGGGUUCGAAUGUCACGAAUCAGAUAAUGCAAAGAUUCAAAGAGAUUGCCAAACAGAGAAAGGUAAAAGUCAGUUAUGAACAAUUACAUAAUACAAAAACGAUUGAAAUGGAAAGCGGAUGGAGUCAACAAAUUAUUCAACGUGGUGCUUACUUAUCCAUUCAAUUUUAUACGGAUCAAAAAUGGUUUUCUUGGUUGCGUCAAAAAUUUGAUAAACUCUGGUUGUUUCGUUCAGAUGUAUUGAUUCCUACUCUAGUAAGCGGUGCUGGACAUGAUGCAGUAAUUCUUCAUGAUUUGUAUGACACCCAAAUGAUGUUUAUUCGAUGUAAAAAUGGAAUAAGUCACCAUCCAAAUGAAUUGGCGUCGAAAGAGGAUAUGUUGGCUGGUGCAACCACUUUGCUAUUUUCUUUGAUGAUAUUUGCAAACUUUAGCUCCUGAAAAUGCUUUUUUUGUUCGCUAUUUGCAUUAGACUUUCUUUUUGCGACGUUAAAGACUGGAUAUCAUUGGCAGUAAUAUGGGUGGAAGUAGUGAUAUCUUUUAGGUUCGUAAUAUUUGCAAUAGAUGUUGCUGUUUUUAUAAAAGACUCGAGGUUGGAAGCUGCUUGAAGCAUGAGGAAUGGGACUAUUCAAUAUUGACAAUGUAACAGAAGUAUUUGUGCUCCGUGUAGUAAAAGAUGCUCUAUUGGUCUUAAAAAGAGCUGAGGCAUUGGAAACGAAGUAACACUAGACGUCAACUGCGUAGGAUGUCUUGCAGCGCUACUUUGACUAGUACAGUACCGAAGCUCGAGUGGAUAUCACAUAGUCGAGCCAGUGCAAGAGUUAGAGAAAGAAAGCUCAACAGAAAAGACCUCAAGUAAGAAGGUUGGGUAGCCUUAAGCCUAUCAGGAGGCAGCAGAAAGCUGAGUUGGAAAGGAUACUCUUUGAAUAGUAUCGCUAUCGUCUUCUUCAACUGCCUUGUACUUUCACAACACUAAAUCUGAAUGUUAUAUCUAAGAAAGAGGUCUUUCUUCCGAGCUAUUAUAAUAAUCCUUUGUCAGAAGAGAGCCUUUGCUUCUUAAACUCUUCGUCUAUCUAGGAAAUUUUUGUGAUUAACUCAAACCUCUUUGA